GUGGCAGUGCUGUAUAUCGCGAGCUCCACAGCGUCGAAGCGCCACGCCCCACAAGCAGCGCCCGUUUUUUCCCGAUGAAACAAGCAGCAAGCGACACACCCGCAAGGCUACAAUUACGCCGUCGCCGACAUUCAAAAGCGUGCGGAAGAAACCGAAUGACGCCCCAAGCGCGCGCUCGCAAGCUGCAGGGCGCCUUGCAUCAUCCGCAAAUGUGGUGGGUCACGUGGCAGCCAACGAGCGCCGCCAUUGGACCAUAGCUCGGCACCGCAGCGCCCCUGCACCGGUUUUGCCUCUCAUCUUCUUCCUCCUUGCAAGCGCGUCGUCUGCUCUCGAUGGCCGCCCCGGCGUCUGCUCCGGUUUACCUAUUCGCCGGUAGUUUAAUGCACGCUUAUUAGGAACCCUGAAUAUUUACAGAAAAUUUUGUCAACCGUGACACGUCAAAUCGACGACACCCAAGCUCCUACCCCUGCGUCAGCAAGGCAGCAUUCGCAGCAAGGACUUGAACUGCUGCUGCUUUUUGGAACGAGAGUCAAGAUGGGCUCGUCGUCUGGUAUCUGGGUGUUCGGCUACGGAUCUCUCGUCUGGAACCCCGGGUUCGAGUUUGUGCGAAGUCAGAUCGGCUACAUUCGCGGCUACGACCGCAGGUUUUGGCAAGGCAACGACAAGCACCGCGGAACGCCGGAGAAGAUUGGCCGGGUGGCGACCCUUGUCGAAAGAGAAGAGGGCCAAGUGUGGGGCAGGGCCUUUUUACUACGGGAGGACGACGCCAGCUCGCGAGCCUCCCUGGGAUACCUUGACGAGCGCGAGGCCCAGCUUGGCGGCUACUCGGUCAGCUUCGUCCAGUUCAGGCCCAGGGACCCGCGCGAGGAACCAUUCCCCGCCCUGGUGUACAUCGCGACGGCCAACAACCCGCUCUACCUGGGACCAGCCAGCUCCGUCCAGCUGGCCGACGAGGUGAUGGCCGCCAAGGGCUUCUGUGGCGCCAACGCCGAGUACGUCCUCAAGCUGGCCCGUUUCAUGAGGGAGGAGGUCCCGGACUGCUGGGACGACCACCUGUUCACGCUCGAGUCCCUGCUGAAGACAAGGCUCAAGGAUUCGUGGGAGCUUCUGCAGGAUAUGAGCGCCUACGAGCCACCCAUGUCAGCCUGGGAACAGCUGCGACGAUUGUCCUUAUUUUCGGACAACGGGGACCAGGAGGAUCGAGAAAGAGACGCUGAGGCUGAGCCUGCAGCCGCAGGCGUGACCAACGACUUCGCCUCGAGCGUGCCGUCAAGGAAGCUCAGGUGCUUGGACAUGUGAACGGACACUGUCCUUCUCUGCCGAUACAAGUGCCCCUCGGAACUGCUUGUGGUCCGCUGCGCCUUAGGUGACGAAGAUGGCUGUCUACAACAGCUGGAUAAAGAGAAGCCUGGUGGCGUGGAGAAACUAAAUUUUAUUUAUUUGUGUUUCUGAGGUAUCUAUGACAUAACUGCGAUCUCUCGUGUUCCGUCCCAGUGAGACGUAAUGUUUAUCGGACGUGAGACAUUCGUGUCAGACAAACGUCGUCCAUGGGUACUCGCGCUUACCUGUCCGGGACACAAUGAUGGGCUCGAAACGCCAUGCUGGUAGCCCAUUAGUCCUCAUUACUUUGGCUAAUAUUUCUUCAAUUACCAGCGCUAAUUAUCACUUGCUAAUUAUCGCGAAUAUUGUCAGUACAAAAUUUGGAAAGAACUAAAUACCUUC